AUGGCGUCCCGGGCGGUCAUCCCGCGGUUUCUGCUCCCACUGCAGGGCCCGCUAUGGCGUGGCCUGCGUAUCCCACUCUCACAGAGUCUCAUCAUCCGAUUCGCAACGACAGACGCCAAGGGCAAGGACAAGGACAAGCAGAUUGUGCUGGAGAAGCCCCUCAAGUUCAACCCGCCCUCUCAUGGGUCGAGGCUGAAGAAGAACACAUUGCCAAAGUACUAUGGCGCUCAAUUGACGGACGCCGAGCUGGCCGCGCAGAGGGUCAAGAGCUACCCGGGGAUGAUGGCGCCUGAAGGCACCUGGGCGCAUUGGUUCUGGCACAGCAAGACGCUCCAUCUGUGCAUCACCAUGGUGAGCUUGGCGGCACUGAUCUAUCACAUCGACGAGUCUGACCACAUACAGGGCACCCUCCUAUCCAUGUGCAUCUUCACAUUCUUCAUGGACUACGUCAUGAACUCGCCGUUCAAAGACCUUCUCCCGCCCAUUUCCGACCUCUUCAAGCACCCCAUCAACUUCUUCUACGGAUGGUGGGACGUCAUUGUCAUGCACGAGCGCGACAAGUCGAUCAAAGCCCGCGAAUCGCGCGACCAGCACCAGGCCGAUGUCCACAAGCGACGCUAUUUUAUGAAGAUGCACGGCAUCGAGCCAAAGAACCCCAUCACCAUGGUUUUUGGCAAGGAUGAGAAGGAGAUGAGCGAGGAGGAGCUGGAGGCCAAGGCACUCGGCAAGGAGUUGCCCGAGACGCCACAGACGGAGGGGGAGACGCCGGCUGGGCGCAAGAAGCUGCUCGGCCUCUUUUAG